UCUCGGAUUCCCUAGACCCGGUCCUAUUUACCCCAUCACACCAUUCUUCGUUUGUGUGUCGACUCGAACCAGUCAGUGUUAAAAAGUGCGGGUAAUUUUGUGAAGUGUAAGCGAAAUGUCUAAAAGAUUGUCAGUACAUCGGUCUCGUAGCCCUUCCCGAGUUAAGAAAGCAGAUCCUUCUAUUAAUAAGGUAUUAAGUUACCUCGAAAAUAUGAACAAACGAUUACAAAAUAUCGAAAAGAUAAAUAAAAUUCGAAGUCGUAGUCGUAGUGGUCCGAGUACGCGUAAGCGGCUUCGUCGGAUCUCUACAUCUUCGUCUUCUUCGCAUGAAUCGCGCAGUUCGUCUUUGUCUCGCUGUAUAAGCAACCCGACACCCCCAGGAUCGCUGAUAAUGGAUAGGUCCACCGAUAACGAGGCGGACACCGCCCAGGAAAAUAUUUUGGUUACAGAGGGAGCUGAAUCGAAUUUUGCCGCCGAAGAGCAUACUUCUCCUCAAAAUAAUGCCUUACUGUCAGACGAUGUUGUUGCCAUUUUGGGGCCUAAAGAUUUUAACAUAAAAAAAUAUGGCCCUAGUCUACAUGACGAUUUAGCUUUGCGGUGGGACAAGCUAUUAGCUGAAGGUUUGUCAGACGAAGACAAAAGGAAACUAUGUGAGGCUUAUCUUCCACCUAAAAAUUUAUCGGCCAUGGCAGCGCCAAAACUCAAUCCACUAAUCGAAAAGGCUGUGUCUCCCUCAAAUGUGUCGAGAGACAAUCGCUUGGCUGCAGAACAACAGCAGGUGGCUGCAACUUUGGCUGCUAUAGGGCAACUUUUUAGUUCGGUUCUGUCGGAAGAGGGGGGCGGUAAUCGCCAGCACAUUAGUUUGCUUAAUGAUACAAGUAAAUUACUCCUAGAUCUUUUUCAUCAACAAUCGAAAACUCGUAGAGCUUUAAUUGCCGUAAAUUUAAAUCAAGAAUUUCAAGAGGCAAACAAGGAAAAUAUAACCCCAGAUGGUUUUUUGUUUGGAGAGAAUUUGGAGGAGCGGCUUAAAGCUGCUAAGAAUCUGGAGGUUUCCGGAAAGAUACUUAAACCGAAGCCAAACAAAACUUCAUAUAAAAAGCCUUUAAACUCCAAGGCCCCUUCUCGGCAACAGCGAGGGACGACACGUCGAGAGGGGAACCCGCGUCAAUACCGACCAGUGCCCAAAUAUCCAACCCAGCACAGGGCUUACAAUACAGUGAUGAACAACAACCCUCAACGCAAGCGAGCAGUUCGACGUUGGCAAACCUAAAUAAACAGCACACCACACCCCCUUUGGAGAAAAACUACCCUGGCAGCAGGGAUUGUAUCAGCGAAGCAUUGAAGUUAGGAGGAGUUCCUACCGAAUCGUUGGAUAUAUGCCUUGCAUCAAUCACAACUAAUACUAUUAAGCAGUAUAAUGUUGGCUUAAAGCUAUGGUGGAAGUUCUGCAGCCAGGAAAAAACGAGCAUUUAUUCUCUAUCGAUUCCGACGGUACUGAAGUUCUUAACGCUACAGUUUAAUAAGGGCGCCUCUUUUAGUUCUUUAAAUUCAUACAGAGCAGCUCUCUCACAGAUUUUAGGUCCAAAUCUUAGUGAAGAUUUUAGAAUUAAACGAAUAUUUAAAGGGUUCAGCGCUUUACGACCUCCUCUUCCCAAAUACGACAUUACUUGGGAUCCAAGUAUUGUUCUUAAUUAUAUAAAAAACACAUACAUUAAUAAUUUGACUAUAGAA